CAACACCGCAAUCAUGGCGACGACAACCACCAUCUCGUACACUGCCAACCUGUUGAAGUACAUGGCCCUCGACCAGAAGGGCAGUGCUAUGGCCGAGUACAUCUGGAUCGACUCCACCGGUGGCGUUCGUUCCAAGUCAAAGACUCUCACCAAGGUCCCAAAGGAUGGUAACUUCAAGAUUGAGGACCUUCCUGAGUGGAAUUUCGAUGGCAGCUCUACUGGCCAGGCUCCAGGCGACAACUCGGACGUCUACCUCCGGCCUGUGGCCAUCUUCCCCGACCCGUUCCGUGGCGCUCCCAACAUCUUGGUCAUUACCGAGUGCUGGGAUCCUGAUGGAACCCCGAACAAGUUCAACUACCGCCAUGAGUGUGCUAAGCUCAUGGAGGCCCACAAGAGCCACGAGCCAUGGUUCGGUCUUGAGCAAGAGUACACCCUCCUUGACACCCUCGACAAGCCCUAUGGCUGGCCAGUUGGUGGGUACCCGGGUCCACAAGGCCCAUACUACUGUGGUGUUGGCACUGGCAAGGUCUACUGCAGGGACAUUGUCGAGGCUCACUACAAGGCUUGCUUAUUCGCUGGUGUAAAGAUCUCCGGUACCAAUGCCGAGGUUAUGCCUGCUCAAUGGGAGUUCCAAGUCGGUCCUUGUGAGGGUAUUGAGUUGGGUGACCACCUUUGGCUUGCCCGUUUCCUUCUCCACCGCAUUGCCGAGGAGUUCGGUGCCAAGAUCUCUUUCCACCCCAAGCCAAUUCCAGGUGACUGGAAUGGAGCUGGCCUUCACAGCAACUUCUCUUCCAAGGAGAUGCGAGUCGAGGGAGGCAUGAAGCACAUCGAGGCUGCUAUCAAGAAGCUCGAGGGCCGCCACAAGGAGCACAUUGCAGUCUACGGAGAGGACAACACCCUGCGUCUUACUGGCAGACACGAGACUGGUAACAUCGAUGCCUUCACUUAUGGUGUAGCCAACCGUGGUGCAUCCAUCCGUAUCCCGAGAGAGUGCGGACACAAGGGUUAUGGUUACUUCGAGGACAGACGACCAGCUUCAAAUGCUGACCCAUACCAAAUCACUGGUAUUAUGAUGGAGACUAUCUAUGGUGGCCUGGAGGAGACCUCUCUGAAGAAAUAGAUCGGCGUUGAUAAACGGGGACGGUUGCGGUGUACAACACAAGACUUAAUGGCGUGAUUCAAUGGUUCGGAGAUUGAUGCUUUAUGAUAGCGAUGAUUUCCUUUCUCAGUCACCCAACUUUCGAGAGUUGCCUUGUAAAUUGCAUGGGCUAGGACAAUCGAUACCAAUUGAAAUACCCCGUCACGUGCUCUAUGUUGUUCACCUCGAUUG